UUGACGCGCACACAAGUCAAUGAGAAGAAGUUCAGACGCAUCAACGAUAAAUCUCUACGACAGUUGCUGAUCCAUCGCUUUCUCAAUGACUACGGGUAUGACAAAGGCGAAGUCACUGCGACUGCUAUUGUCGAUGACAUUCUCAAGACCGUUGAGGACUAUUUCGUCAUUACCCUCCCUUUGGAGAAACUCGCCACGGGCGACUCACUCCCAGAGGAGCGAUACCUCAGCUAUGGACACCUCGUUUGGAUGGCUGUCCCGAUUGAUGAAUAUCCACAAAGAGGCAAAUCCAUCGUCAAAACCCGUAUGAAACCCAUCAUCCUGACUUACCUCGCCGCAGAGGAUAUUGAAUCCUUUCGCAACGGUUUUACCUCCCGGCAACUGCGGAUCAAUCGCUUGGUCCGCUGGUGUUAUCAAGCUUAUGACCAAGGCGCCUUAUUGACACAACUCGACUUGGCGGUCUUGCUCAACGUCUGUGAUCAGGUCGUCUGUGAUUAUGUCAACGAAUGGCAAAAAACCACGGGAGAAAUCUUACCCACUCGCGGCAAUAUCCAUGACUUAUCGGGUGCUAUUACCCACAAGAAAGAGAUCAUAACCCUCUAUCUUCAAGGGCAUCUCACUCCCACUAUUGCCGCCAAAACCAAGCACUCUAAGGAGGCAGUUGACCGAUACAUUCGUGAUUAUGAGUCCGUCAAAGUCGUGCGCACCGCUACCGCUGAUAUUGACAAAAUCUCACACAUUACACGACUUUCUAAACGCGUCAUCUCUCAAUAUCUCGACCUGAUCCCGCAGCAGCAUCUCCAAGCUAUCGAUGAAAACCUCGCCAAUGCAGCUGCAAACGAUGAAACCACUGAACAAGGAGAAACUCAAUGA